AUGUCGUUUCCACAUCCUUUGAGAGCCUUCUCAAUAGGAGCUCAAUCAAAUACACAUUUAAUAGAUAAAAUAACAGAUGAUUCUGUAACGAAUAAAUCACCUCAAAGCACGGUAACCUGCCUUUACCAGACGCAUAUUUCCAGAUUUUGGUGUAAUGUCACAGUUUUAUGGUGUAAGAAUCUAAUGAAUCAUUCUCUUAAUCUCAUCUUCAACAACCCAGAUGGCGGCGACAUUUAUUAUAGCUGUAAGAUUGAUCUUAAACCUUGGAUAUUCUGGACCAAAAAAGGGUGCAAGUCAUUCGAGCUCGAAGGAUCCCAAGUAGAUAUCCAUUGGGACCUACGAUCAGCCAGAUUUUGUGGCAGCCCUGAACCUUGCAGCGAUUUUUAUGUCGCUUUAGUUUCAGAUGGAGAGGUGGUAUUAUUAUUGGGAGAUCACAAAAAGAAGGCUUACAAAAGAACAAAAGCGAGACCUGCACUUUCUGAAGCUGUACUAUUUUACAAGAAGGAAAACGUAUUUGCCAAGAAAUCUUUCUCUACCAGAGCUAAAUUCGAUCAACAGAAACAAGAACAUGAUAUUGUCGUAGAGAGUUCAACGACAGGGCAUAAAGACCCUGAGAUGUGGAUUAGCAUAGAUGGACUUGUGGUGAUUCAUGUUAAGAACUUGCAAUGGAAAUUCAGAGGAAAUCAAACUGUAAUGGUGAAUACACAACCCGUGCAAGUUUUCUGGGAUGUCCAUGACUGGUUGUUUAAUAACGCUGCAACUGGUCAUGGUUUGUUCAUCUUUAAACCAGGUGCACCGGAGUGUGACGAUGACAAAGACAGUAGCCCUCGAGCAGCAAGUGAUAACAGCGACAGUAGCAAGUAUUUUUCAGCAAAAAGCAAUGCAUCGACACCUGAAUUUUGCCUUUUUCUUUAUGCAUGGAAGAUAGAAUGA